GCUGCGCUUGGCCCGGUACGUUCUCUUUCUGUAGCACCAAAUUUGGUUUCCUAUUCAGCUCUUGGCGCCUGCAGUGCUACUUGCCAUUGAAGACAGCAUUUCGUCGUUCUAAAAAUACCUGUCUCAAGUACACAGCAAUCCUUUAGGAUUCUUCUCUCCCAUUUCUUUCACCUUUUGAUCACACAUGUCGUCGAUGAGUGUGUGUGUCUACGGCCUCUCGGCCCACCAUCUGGAGACGUUCUUUGCCGAAGAAGCUGUGCGACGCACGCAGCCGCUAGUGGCGUCAUCGGCUGCCGACUUGCGCUUUGGACUUGUUGGCGGUGCAAGGGCUUUUGGCUCGUGGGGGCGCGGUUGGCCGGUGGUGCUGGAGCGGUGUCGGUGCCAGCGGGAACCGUGCGCGCUGCUCUCGCCGUCUCACCCUUCGGAGGCGCCGCAGCCUUCUCACAACAUCAACGACUUCGUGGAGAGCGAGCACUACGUUGCGCACGUGGACAUCUCAGCCGAAGAACUUGCAGGUUUCCAGAACGGUUCUUCUGCUGGCGUAGCUGCUUGUGAUGGAGAUGCCGACGAGUGCCACAAGCGAAACAACGGCAGCUUUAAGUUUCCGUGCCGACUGGUGAUUCUUGAAAAUGCCUUUUUCUGUGUCUCUUCGGCUGCUAACUCCAGCAUCUGCGCCACCCCCGGCACGGUGAUUGCCGGUGUGGAUCAGCAGCACACUAUGCCCUCCAUCCUCCAGGUUACGGCGGUCGCACCGGCGGCAAAAAGGAACUCGAUGGAUGCAGGCGGCACACGCGUUCAGUGGUGCGGUGUGCUGGACGUGCGCCCCGCGACUACGAUCUUCGAUGCGGCUGCGGUUCCGCCACCCUCCACUGCUGCGGGCGACAACUCACAAAGGAAGAUGGAGGCGGACGAAGCGGCAACCGUGUUCUUUACCUCCACUGGGGAGCAGUUCGUUUUCUUGCACAACCUGCCUGACCUGCCACCGCGGCCACUGGUGUACCCGGUAGAGCGCGCUUCCUUAUCGUCCGACAGCUCCUGCCCUGCAGCGGCAGCUGCCGGGAGUACGGAAGACAUCCCGCCGUUUUGCGGCUGCGGGAAAGGGGGCCGCGAGGGCGCUACGGGUGGCGAGCCCGGUCCGCUGCUCGCCCUCACCUUCUACGCGAAUGAUCCUCGCCUCCCGUACGAUCGGGCGGCGUGGGUGGCGGGGCUGACAGACAACGUGCGCGAGGUCGUGCAAUACCGCGAGCGCGAGGGCAAGGAACCGACGCCGAUCACGACCGUCUUCUACGUGACAGACGUCCGGCCCAUACCCGAGGGAGGCAGCUGCUGGUGCCCGUCUCACCUGCCCAUGCCGGCACCGCUGGAGCAGCAGCUGCGGGAGGUGAGGAAGAAGCGCAGCCCCAACUCUUCUGCUGCGAGUCCACCGGCGUCUCCUGCGUCACGCGUUUCGUCCGACGCGGCUUCCAGCACGCCUAGUGCGAUGCAUCACCACUCGCACCGUGAUGGCCCGCAAAGGGCGCCGCGUGAUGCGGCGCUGGCAGCGUCUGUGGCAUUUUUGGAGAAAGGCUGGUGCGUGCGGCCCUUGCGUCCCGCCAAGCCGGUGCUGCCAGACAUGCGCAACACGGACGAUCAUGGUCGCCCGCCUCUGAACUCGAAUCGUACGCAAGAGGCGUGGACGUGUUUGUUGAACCUGCGCGAGCUGGAGGAGUUCGGGAUUGAAGUGACCAUCAAGGUGCCUUACAUGGUGGAAGGAACUGUGCUGCACCUGAAAGGCACCACAGUGAUCUUCUCUGGCAUGUUGCAGUCGAGCACGAGCGGCACGCUUCUGCUGUCGGUCUUCUGCCCUGCACCUGCGGGCACGAAGAACACGGAGCUGACCUCCUUGUGGGUAAAGCUGUAUGUACAGUACUUGCUGAUAUUUCCUUUAGGCGAGUGUGCGACGCGUGGCCCGCUGGAGGUGGCGCGCUCGCGCGAGACCUAUGCUCGCCUGACUGUUCCCACGCUGGUGGGGCAUCGCGGGCUCGGCAAGACGUACACGCGUUCCCCUGCGAUCUGCGGUGCGCCUCCCCUCAUUAUGAAGUGCAACGAGAACACCGUCCCGGCGUUCCAGGCGGCCCAUGCCCGCGGCUGUGCGAUGGUAGAGUUUGACGUGAUGCUGUCCGCGGAUCGUGUCCCCGUGGUGAUUCACGAUCCGGUUAUUGAGCUGCUGGCGCUGAAGCGCGAUGACGCGUGCGCGCCGCGCGGAUCGCACGAACACGCCCCGGUGCGCGCCGCGGUGCACAAGCUGAGCGUGUCGCAGCUGCGUGACCUGCACGCGCAGAGCUGCAAAACGCUCGGCCGCGUCUUCCCUCUGAAGGACAUGCUCGCGCACCACUGGGAGAGUCUGGUGCGGCUGGCUGCUGCGCGAACGGCGAAGUGGACGGGUCGCGGUGACGCCUCCAGCGCCGCACAGCUGCGCCACGACCCCGUCAUUGGCAGUGCAUUGAUGCAUGGGGAGGACUUCCCCAAUGGAGUGCUGUCACUUCGCCAGGUGUUGGAGCAGACUCCGCCGUCUCUCCGCUUCAACCUGGAGGUCAAGUAUCCCUUCCAGCCGCGCUGGGACUCUAAUCUUUUCUUGCAAAGUGACGCGUUCGAAGUGAACGGCUUCGUCGACGCCAUUCUCCGCCUUGUCUUCGAGUUCGCCGACAGCGGGCGCGAGAUCACGUUCAACAGCUUUGAUCCAAAUAUCUGCCUCGCCUUGGCUCUCAAGCAGAGCCGCUUCGACGUUUUCUUCCUGAGCGACACUGAGGAGCUGCGUGACUUGAAGGACUACCGCUCGUUUUACAUCGAGGGUGCUAUUCAGUUUGCGACGUCGCAGCACUUUGCUGGCAUCUCCAUGAACGCAGGGACGCUUCUCUCUGCUGAGGACAUGUGGGUGCUGGAACGGAUUCCUGAGACACCGAUCUACUGCCAUGCCGAGCGCGGCCCCGUCCCGACAGAUUUCUUCAAUGCGGAUUUAAAUCCGUCGUACAACGCGGCGAGUGCGUCCUCCUUUUCUGGGUCCUAUGGUCGUGCGAUGGUGGCCGAGAUGCACCGACGGCAUCUGAAGGUGUGGACGUGGGGUGGGAUGAACAGCUACUUGUACUUCACCUACGCACAGGCGACGAAGAUGCGCGUGGAUGGGGUUAUUGGAGACCGCAUGCCCGUGUUUUCAUCGUGA